UGUACAUAACACCGGUCCACGUCAAACAGGAAGUAAAGUCACGGAGAAGGGCGUAGUGUUUUAGUUGAAUGAGCUGACCACUUAAAGCUUCAUUUCUGCCCACGUACAACUUUCACCUCAUUUCAGAGACUCGCAACGAAAUUUGGCAAAAGACAAUGGCAGACAAGGUGCUGGUCACAGGUGGAGGAGGCUACAUCGGGAGCCACUGUGUGCUGGAACUGAUUGAAGCAGGCUACACGCCCGUUGUGGUUGAUAAUUUCAGCAAUGCUGUUCGAGGUAAUUUGCUAAAGAUGUGUUUUUCAUGGCCAACAUGUUUACAUUUUCUAACUGUGUGUGUGUGUGUUUCCGAUGGAGGAGAAGGGGAUGUGCCAGAGAGUAUACGUAGGAUAGAGAAGCUUCUGGACACCAGGAUUGAGUUUCAUGAACUUGAUCUUCUGGACAAGGCUGGCUUGAAUGCACUUUUCAAAAAGCAUUCUUUCAGUGCCGUGGUGCACUUUGCUGGCCUUAAGGCUGUUGGAGAGUCUGUGCAGCAGCCUUUGCACUACUACAGGGUCAACCUCACUGCCUCCAUGAAUCUGCUAGAGGUGAUGCAGGCUCACAGGGUGCACAAUCUGGUUUUCAGCAGCUCGGCCACAGUGUACGGAGACCCCCAGCGUCUGCCCAUCGACGAGCAGCACCCCGUAGGCGGUUGCACUAAUCCCUAUGGCAAGACCAAGUACUUUAUCGAGGAGAUGAUCAAGGACCACUGUAAGGCCGAGAAGGACUGGAAUGCAGUGUUGCUGCGAUAUUUUAACCCCAUUGGUGCUCAUUCUUCUGGCCUCAUCGGAGAGGAUCCUCAGGGUAUCCCCAACAACCUACUGCCAUACGUCGCCCAGGUUGCUGUCGGGAGAAGAAAGUUCCUCAGUGUAUUUGGGAAUGACUAUGACACACUAGAUGGGACAGGUGUGAGAGAUUAUAUUCAUGUAGUGGAUUUAGCAAAGGGACACAUUGCAGCACUGAAGAAGCUGAAGGACAGCUGCGGAUGCAAGGUUUAUAACCUCGGAACAGGAAUAGGCUACUCGGUCCUCCAGAUGGUAGAUGCUGUGAAGAAGGCAUCAGGGAAGGAAGUUCCCUACAAGAUCGCCCCUCGUAGAGAAGGAGACGUAGCAUCGUGCUACGCUGACCCUCGCCUGGCUGAGAAGGAGCUCGGCUGGAAGGCUGACUUUGAACUGGAGAGAAUGUGUGAAGAUCUGUGGCGCUGGCAGUCGAUGAACCCUACCGGAUUUUCCAAAACGGCAGCGUCUGGUUGCUAAGGCCAAAACCCACAAUCCGCUUGUACAGUAUCAUGUAAAAAAGCAUUAAGGGAAAUAAAAUGCUUUAUUUUUUACCUA